AUGCUGAAUAGAAACGAGCCAAUAAACAAUGCCGCUAUUAGUGUUAUUACACACUGUGCUUCCAAGCUACAGUCCUCCAUGAAAGAGAUUUUAAGACGUGGGAUCACAUCCCAGGAACUAGAUAAUAUUUUAGUUACUUUGCCAGAAGGUGACAAGAGAAAGGGUAUGUUUUCCUCUCGCGAGUUCAAAAUAGCGGUUUUGAUAAAGACUUUGUACGAACAAGGAAGGAUGUCCACGAUCGAUAACAUACUCUCAUGUGAUGAUUUUGAUUUGAAAAAAGCCAUUGGUGACCGUAGUUCAGCAAAAACUUUCAAGGUUUCAGAUGCUGAUUCAGAAUCUGGCGAUGUCAAGGAAUUUAUUGCUAGAAACCAUAGCAAGUUCCCGCCACCGCUCCCUUCCACCAUUAAUUCAAAAGAGUUGAAGGAUCAACUUCAUGGAGUUAGUAGAUCGGGUUUGUCCAGCAUGCGGUUGGUGUUCUUGGGCACGUCUGUGUUAACCUCGUUGAUUACUUCUAUACUAUGGGAGUGGUUUCCUUCCUACGGGCAAGACGGACUAACGAAGCUAACACAGUACCUUAUCAAGAACAGUCAGCUAACUAAAUGGUGUAGAGUUUGUAACUUGACUAUGUUUCUACCAGACGAAGACACCAUUACUCAUCUUGAUAGUCAGGUAUUGAUAGACACUUUCAAGGCUUACGUUGGAGCAUUGUCAAUUGAAAGCAAAGGGGAGUAUUCUAACAUCAUUCAAUGGUUAAAAAUCUUAUGCAUCCCUGCUCUCAAAACAUUCAUAGAUUCCAAUGAAAACAUGGAAUCGUUGGACGACUCACAGGCUGUUACAUAUGCUGCUCGUCCAGCUUUCCAACAAAGAUCUACUCCAGAAGCACAAAGCUUGGUCGGAGCUCCUAUGCCUCCGCUCGUUGAGUCCCAGCAGCUCCAUUUAAAUGGAGCCCCUGUUAUUAUCACUGAUAACUCUGCUGUUAGAUCUAAUAUUAUGGGUGAACUAUAUGCCAUGAUAGGAACAUCAGCGGAUAGACCCAGAUACGAAAUAACACCAAAACAAGGACCAUACGGUGUUAAUUACUUCUAUUGCGUUUUGUCAAUUGACAACGUAUUUUUGGGAUCCGGGUCCGCAAGUAACUCUAAGUUGGCCAAGAGACUUGCAGCGCAAGAUGCCUUAGAUAAUAACUAUGACCUCGUUCUAAAGUAUCAAAUUCCAACGAAGAAGAAGAGAAGUUAUGCCAUUAUUCCACAACCUGUUUAUAAUGCUAAUAAUGAUAGCCAAUUUGGCACGGGAUACAGGUUGAAUGAGCAAGAUCCUUACAAACGGAGAAGAACUGAAGAAGGAUUUUAA